GUGUGCUAGGCAAGAGCCUGUGAGAUUGCUUUAGAAAAACAACUAAAGUGUGCAUACUAAGCCACACGCGAACGACACGAGCUAGACGCACAGUCCCCCAGCAAUCCAAAAGGGACUUUGAGAUUCUCUCUUCACUUUCUUCCAACAACCACUGCCAAUGGAUAUCACUGCCAAGAUGGAAAUCAACGCCAGCCAGCAGCAGUUCAUGCCGCCUGCCUGUUUCUUCGCCGCUGCAGCACAGAGCGCGCAGCUCAGCCCGACUGACAGCCAGUGCAGCAGUAAGUCAGCUUGCAAGCAGGUCAAGAGGCAGCGGUCGUCCUCCCCGGAGCUGCUGCGCUGCAAGAGAAGGUUGAAUUUUGCCGGGUUUGGGUACAGCCUCCCACCACAGCAGCCAGCAACAGUGGCAAGACGAAACGAAAGAGAGAGAAACCGAGUGAAGCUGGUGAAUAAUGGGUUUGCCACGCUCCGGGAGCACGUACCCAACGGGGCCGCGAAUAAGAAGAUGAGCAAGGUGGAGACCCUGCGUUCUGCAGUGGAGUACAUUCGGGCUCUGCAGCAGCUCUUAGAUGAGCACGAUGCAGUCAGCGCUGCCUUUCAGUCGGGUGUCAUCUCCCCAACCAUGUCCCAGAACUACUCCAAUGACAUGAACUCCAUGGCGGGUUCACCGGUCUCCUCCUACUCCUCAGACGAAGGAUCUUACGACCCGUUGAGUCCUGAAGAACAAGAGCUCUUAGAUUUCACCAACUGGUUCUGAAUGAUAGCAGGAAAAUAAAUGCAUCCUCGCGAAGAUGUUUCCCAGCAUGGCUGGAAAACAAGAAAAGCAGAGAGGAGUUCCAUUGCCCCCCAAGAACACUGAAGCACUGCAUUUGCACUCCUGUCCAUCCACUGGAAGAAAGACACUUAAAAGGGUCAGCUUCGUGCCCAAAAAGUACCAAGUGCCACCCUACAGAGGAGAGGAUGCGCUGCUCUUUUUAAGAACGUUCAGAUUUCAGAUCAGGGGGCGGGGACCUCCUACAUUCUACAGCACUGGCCCUUAAUAGAGACUAAAUUAUUAUACUCUGCUCUGCACAAAUCAAAACAAAAGCCAACAAACACAUUUUUUAAAUGUUUUUUUUU